CGGAAACAAGCCACAUGUUUGAAUGAAAUGUUUUGACGUUUCUUACUCUUGUUGUUUCUCUGCAUUCUUGGCCUCUCUUAAAGUCACAACAACAAAGUUAUCAUUGCUUCGAUCCAGAUUCUGAGAUAUCUUCUCAACAGCAGUGUUAAAUGAGCUUCUUUUGAUCUGCUCUGAGCAAUCAUGUCUGAAAAAGUGGAGGGACCCUUGGUUGAUCGCUCAUUUCGUUUAGUUGAAAAUCAACAUAUAUCAAGAAGCUGGUUAUACACCCAGACUUUCUUUUAUAUGUGUGCUGCUUUAGCUGGGUUUGCUUGUGCAUAUACUCUCCGAACAUUUAGAAACAUAUUUUCUGACUCAUGCCUCAUCAACAUCGAGUUUAGCUCAAAUAUUAAAUCUCGUGAAGUCCAAGCAGUGUAUGGGCCUAGCACUAAGUGCGAUUACUGUGAGUUUGUACCAGUUGUCGCAUCGAUAGCUGCUCUUGUCCUUGCUAUGUUCUUUAUUAUGAGUGGCCGUGGAGGUAAAGGCUCUCCUGGAUUCCUCCCAUCCCCUUGGCGCAUUGUGAUUCCAGCAUUGGUGUUCAAUCUCAUUGCGCUAGGCUUUGUCAUAUCUGCCACCACAUCUCUGCACAAUGGUCUCCAGAAAUUUUGUGAUCAACUUCUUGGAAAGCAACUAGAAAUGGGAGGAACUGGAGUAAAUGGAACAACAGCUGAUAUUGAUGUGAAUCCACAACAUGGGUUCCGAACGUUAACUGGGUGUAGAGUGGAUCUCAAUGAAACAGUUCCUUCAGAUCAGCAUAGUCCCUUGCAUGCUAUAACACCAGCUAACUAUGCACUUUUGGAAAUUUCUCAGGUGGCAUCAUGGUGUAAUGUUAUUUCAUGGGUAAUGUGUGCAUCAAUUACUCUAUUGCGUUUCCUGUGUUUGGCUGACUUUCGAUUGGUGCGCUUUGAUUUUCAUUUGGUUACAUCUCAGGCUGAUGUUGAGAAACCUGAUUCCAGUUCCACAAUGCGUACUGCUCGUGGGGAAUCAACAGAAUAUUUCCCUGCCAACGACGGCUUAGAAGUCACCCAUUCUCCUGAAUAAAACUAGUCAGUUAUACACAACAGAAGAAAACAUUUUUAAACCUUUUAUGUCUUAUGUGAUAGAUGAUAGAAUCUCUGAAAAUUCUUGCCAACAAAUUUAAAAUUGGCAGUUUGAAAUUCUCAAAGCUCAUCUUAUUUCUGUAUUGUGAUUCCCUUCCAGUUUUCAAGAAUCUAAACAUAUUUGCAUGAAUCUCAAGUCUCAAUGUCAUGGUUUUUCUAAUAUUGCAUUCAGAUCUAUCUGCACUUAAUACUUAAAACUAAGACUGUUCUGUACUUUGAACUUAAAUAAGACUGCAGCCUAUUCUUUAUUGCACUGAGUAGUUUGCAUCUCCAGUUAUGUCCAAAAGUUUUGUUGAUCUGCCCUCGCCUUCUUGCCAAGCAUGAGAGAUCUUCCACUUUUCGCACAUUCCGUAUUCUUUCUUACUCUAUUGUAACGUCCUCACAACCUGUGCAUUUUCCUUAAUAGCUUUUAAGAUUUGUUAAGUAUAUUUUUUAUAGUCCUCUAAAUAUUUUUGUGGCCAAGAUGGUAUCUAGUCGUUCAGAAGUUUGCAUCACUUGUCAAUAUGUUUUGAGUGUACUUAUGAAAUUGACUUUUCUUUGUACUCUUCCUAAUUUACCUUAGUAUUGUACAGAGACUGAACUCCAUUGUUCUGCUAUAUCUCAUUACAUUAAUAUUCUAUCCCUCCAAUAGUGAUAGUGAAAUUUUCUUUCAUACUUAGAUUAGAAAAUUGUGUGAGAUAUUUUUGUCUUUUAUCUUCUUUUUUUAAACUUGCAAUUGACAAUGAUUGAUGUCUCUUUCUAGUGGGUUAUUAGAAAUAUGUUGAGUCUCACAAUUUUUUGAAAACUUCCAUUUGCUUUUUAAAUUAAUUCUUUGUAGCCCUGUGAAAUUGUUUGUGUGAUGUACUAAUUAUUUGAUUGUCACAUCACUGACUCAACCAUUGCUCUCAUAUUUUAUAUCUACAAUUCUUGCCAAUGACAUGUCUAUUUUAAUAGUAAUAUUUUAUUGUACCUUAAAUUGACCAAACUUUUACAUUAUUAACCUUAAGAUUUAACUUAAUCAAGGACUCCAUAAACUUGCAUCUUGCGGACAGCAAAAAUAAAGUAUGGAUAAGUGUGACAAUAA